AUGACCACCGACUUGAAAAUAAUCGAAGGACGCCUUCUCAACACCAUCCACGAAACGGCUGCAAAAUGGGGAGCCGCUGGGGUUUGGGGUUCAGACGUCACCGAAACAGGCUGUUGUCGUCUAGCAUUGUCAGACUUGGACAAGGGUGUGCGGGACUGGUUUGUUGAGGAAACUAAAGCUUUGGGGUGCACAGUGAAAGUGGACGAAAUGGGGUCGAUUUUUGCAAUUUAUCCCGGCAAGAACGAAGGCUUGCCAACGGGAAUUGGAUCUCAUUUGGAUACUCAGCCCAAUGGUGGUCGCUACGAUGGUAUUUACGGAGUACUUUCAGGAUUGGAGGUUUUGAGAACGAUGAAAGAAAACAACUUUGUUCCAAACUUUCCAGUUGCAGUAGUAGACUGGACCAACGAAGAAGGUGCUCGUUUUCCACAAUCUUGUAUUGCCUCGUCGGUUUGGGCAGGCUUGGUGACCAAGGAAGAAGGUUACAAACUCGAGUCAAUCACAGACAAGGUUCCAGUCAGUUAUGGAGCCGAAUUGGAAAGAAUUGGCUAUAAAGGUACGACUCCGGCCGACCACACGAAGAACCAAUUGGCGGCUCAUUUCGAGAUUCAUAUAGAACAGGGACCGGUUUUGGAACAUGAAAGGAAAAAGAUUGGCAUAGUAGUAGGGGCUCAAGCAUACCAUUGGCAGCAAAUCACCGUCAAUGGAAGAUCUUCUCAUGCUGGUACCACUCCAAUGCACACUCGUUCAGAUGCCAUUCAUAUUGCUUCCAAGAUGAUUUCCGCAGCCAUUGACAUUGCUAAGAAGCACGGCGGCUUGGCUACAAUAGGAACCAUAUCUUUAGAGCCUUCGUCGGUCAAUGUAAUUCCCGAUAAGGUGACUUUCUCAUUAGAUACCAGACAUGUUGAAGAUGGUAUUUUGGAAACUAUCAAUGCUGAAAUUGCCAAAGAGUUCAAGCAAAUUGCUGAAACAGGAAGCGACCCAUCACAAGCAGCACUUCCCUUGGAAGUGGAACAUACACUUCUUCUCCAUUCUGAAGCUGUAAGGUUCAACGAGACCAAUAUUGCAACCGUUCGCGAAAGUGCAAUCCAGCUUUUUGGCGAAGAAAACGUCCGUGAAAUUACCUCUGGUGCAGGCCACGAUUCCUGUUCCACCAGCCAUGUGGUUCCAACAUCGAUGAUUUUCAUUCCGUCGAAAAAUGGAAUUUCUCACAAUCCAGCAGAAUAUUCGUCACCAGAAGAAGUGAGUAAUGGAUUCAAGGUAUUGUUGGCGACGAUCUUGCGGUACGAUGAGCUUCGGGGAAAGAAAAUGGGAAAAUAA